UUGGAGCUAACAUCUAGAAGUAACAUAGAGAUGCACAAACCACUAUCGAAGAAACAGACACCUUGCGUACACCUGGCGAUCAACCGGUGUCAUCUGAAGCAAGCAAGCAGUCACGUGACAUCGACAGAAACGUUAAGUGGAGAACCACAAUCUGAGUCUCAUUGGUCGGACGCCAGCUUUGGAAGGCAGAAGACAUGCGGAAAUGUCACUUUUGUUUCCUGGAGUGGAGUCCACCUCCUGCUCCGUCCCACGAGUUGCAGUGCUGGCAGAGCGGGGAGAGGCGAUGCGAUCCGCGGGGAGAGGCGAUGCGAUCCGCGGGCCAAGGCAUCCCUCCGGUCGGGGACGGAAUGUCUCACCGCCCCGCUGGUUGAUGGCCUCCGGCAGCAGGCGUACGGCCGAUUCCUGCGCCACUUCGAGCAGGUGGUGGAGUUCUCGGAGGAGUUCCUGGCGUUCUCCGCGGCCAAGCUGGCAGAGGUCGCGGGGGUGGUCGAGCUGAACGUCAGCCACGAGGAGGUGGUGUUGGAGGCUGUGGCCGACAUGCCUGAAGAACGCACUGCCCUUGUCAUCAGGCUGUUGUCCAAGAUGUCCGAAGACUUCCUCGCUGACUACGUUGCCAACCACACUCUGGUCCGAGCUUCGGAGGAACGCCGGGGCAUCGUGGCAGAGGCGCCGAAGGAUGACUGAAAGAUGUUGUUAACACGCAAAGUCCAUUUUACUUUUCUCUUUGGUCUAUAUUUGUGCUGGCUGCCUUCAACAGACAUAUUUUCUAUCAAGUGCCGAGAGCUACAGCCCAGACACAAGCCAGUGGACUAUGAUUGCGGACUAGGAUACCCACUGGCAAGGUUGGGGUCAUAACUUACACGAGUCAAGUCUAGUGAGAGAAGGACAAAUGUGACAUAAUUCACACAUUCAUACCCACAGGCCACAUAUAUCCUUGGCAAUUAGAGAGGCUUCUUUCCCACGCUAGGAAGGGAUCCUUAGCCUAGGGAGGCGCCUGUGUCCUUGGCAAUUAGAGAGGCUUCUUUCUCAUCUUUUGCAUCUUCUUUUCUCCUGAGCCAAGGGAGGCUCAUACAGGAAGCCAUUCCUCAUGUGUCAAUUCUAGAGAUACGAGCGGCCCGGGUAAUCAAGAAACUGGGAGGCGGAAGUUCAGCACCAUGCUUAGCCAAUCAGAGCACAUUACUGAGUCCACGCCUGCCCAGUAUUGAAGUCACAACCCAUAGCCCAGGGGGCCGGAACGCUCCAGGUAAGGCAUCCAUCAGAUGCCCUACUAAGUGUAUCUCCACGCGUGCAUAAUACAAUUCCUCUCCUUUUGCUUCAUAGAGACUAGACCAAACCUUUACCAAAUAAAGUGAGUUACAAGCUAUCACCAGUGUGGCCUACAGAGAAACCACUUACGUGCACCUCUUCAAAAAUGUUACUACACUUGAGGGCAGAAGAUGCACUUUCCUGCAAUGUUUUCUGGUUCAUUAUGAUGGACUAGCUUGGUGGUUCUCAUAUAUCUUCAUUUUUACCAGGGUUUGAAAGUUAGUGUUGUCCUUGGUGAUGGGGUGCAGUGGGCAUGCACUCAGUUCUGAGAAGUUUUCAAGUGCAGAUUUCUUCAUACAGCUUUAGCUUCAAAUUUUAGUUUCAGUUUUUAUUUUUCAGCUCUAGAAAACCGACAAAGAUCCGGACCUCGGUGACCUCAUAGCUGGCUACGGGCGUGCUUCUAAUGAUCACCAGAUGUCACCAAAUUAGCAACUGCCUACGCUCACAAACUACGCCGGCUAUUCCACACAGAAGUAGAAUCCAACCCAAGUGCAGAAGACAGACAGCAAGUGGCCAACAAACCAGACUGAAGAGAAGAGGAAGAGGCGGAGAAGGAAGAUGAGGAGGAAGAAGACGAUGAGGAAGAGGAGGAUUCAGCAUAUGGCCACAUUUGAAGAUCACAGAAGGCCAACGUCGGUCAACUUGGCGAAUUUGGGAUCAUCAAUUUGUCUUGCCAGAAAUAAAAAAUACAAAAAAAAAUCGUUCUUGCAGCAUCAGACAAGGGCAAGAAAAUGUUACUUGUUGCUGUAUUUUACAGAUUCUUCCCGCUUUUUUCUUGGAGGAAAAACAUAAAUGUUUUGUAAUUACAUGUAGUUAUAUUUUUCAUUGCUAUCUUCCAUUGAUGUUAUUGCCCUUUACACUGUUAUUCAUACAAAUUUCCUUUAACAAUAUGAUCAACAGCUAGUCUUUUCGUUUAUGGGUCUCUUUUUUCCUCUCUUUUUUCCACCUAUUUUAAGCCUUUUGUAAAGCUCCGCCGAUUUGUUCCCCUUUUGAAAUAUCUUGAGCAACAUUUUCCCUGUUUUGAAUUUUGGAGAGGGCCUUAUUGUUGCCAGUGCAACUAUUCACGAGUCACCCACGGCUACAGCCGAACACAGCCGAGUGAAGGUGGAUACUGUCGUGACGACACCACCACAUGGCACCGCCCCCUCUCCGCUCCACCCCACUGUCCGCUCCCG